UAUUCCCAAGAGAUCUUACCAAUUGUGCAAAGAUUGGUGAUGCGUUUUUUCCGAGUUUUAGUUCCUUGCUCAUCUACAUUCUUUGCUGUUGAAUCUCUCUCUGAUUAGAUGAUUGGGAAUUUGGCUUCACCUCUCAACUUCUUCACAUGCAAGAACACUCCAAGUUGCUUCAUGGAAGCUGAAUCAAAUAAUUGAUUUAAAAGUUGAAAGAACAAUCAAGCUGAAUUGCAGAGUUUUAUAUCAAGUAAUUUACAAUACGUUGCCCGGGUUUAACCUGAACAGGUCCACCUGUCACUCUGCAGCCAUGAUGCCCGUUCUGGAAGAGGAGGUGCUUCCCAAGGAUGGGUCACUGACUGUCCCUGUCCUUAUCGUAGGGAAUGGUCCCUCUGGGAUUUGCUUGUCCUACCUACUGUCUGGGUACAGGCCCUACCUGUCUCCUGCAGCGAGUCACCCAAACCCAAUUCUACAGCAUAAACUGGAAGAGAACCAACACCUAUCAAUUGUUGACCAGGAUCUGGAAUAUCUCUCUGAAGGGUUAGAAGGACGGUCAUCCAAUCCAGUGGCUGUGCUCUUUGACACAUUGCUGCUGCCUGAUGGUGAUUAUGGGCUGGAUCACACUUCCCCACUGUGCUGGAAGCUGGAGUCUUGGCAAGGCAUACCUCACCUGGUCUUGGGUACAGGCCCACCUGGAGGGUCCUGGAAUGCUAUGGAGGGCUCAAUGCUCACACUGAGCUUUGGGAGCUGGAUGGAAUUACCGGGUCUGAAACUGAAGGAUUGCAUUGGAGAGAAGCGAAGGAACCUAAGGAACAACCGAGUGACCCCAGCUGAGGUUGCUGCCUAUUACCAGCACUAUGUCAGUGAGAUGGCUCUCGACAAGAACUUUGUGCCCAGAAGCUGCCUGACAUCGCUGUGUCGCAUCAAUGAUGUUGCUGAGAGUGAGGAUGCCAGCAAGAGGGGAGUGAUCCAGGAGAGGGCACAGGAGGAAGGAAGCGGGGCAGCAACACGGUCGUUGUGGGAGGUCAGAGGUUACCAAAAGGGGAGCAAUGGGGUGCAGACACCCUUUAUGAUCUUGGCAGAGAAUGUGGUCUUAGCGACUGGGACACAGGAUGAGCCUGUGAGGCUGGGUGUGGAGGGUGAAGAGCUGCCUUACGUCUGUCACAGCAUUUCUGAGUUUGAAACAGCCAUCGUGCACAGCCGGGUAAGUGAGUGCUCAGAGCCAGUGCUGAUUGUUGGAGCAGGACUGACGGCAGCUGAUGCUGUUCUGUGUGCCCAUCACUAUGGGAUACCUGUUCUUCACAUCUUCCGACAGGCAGUCACUGACCCCGACCUGAUCUUUAACCAGCUGCCCAAAGUGCUCUACCCAGAAUAUCACAAAGUGCACCAGAUGAUGAGUCAGCAGAAUGCUGGCAGAGACUCUGCUUCUUAUCGAGGUUACACCAGCUUUCCCCAGUACCAGGUCAGCAGCUUCAAGCCGGACAGGAAAUGUGUCCUGGAAAGGUGGGACAAGUGUCAGACGGUGGUGAAUGUCUCCAUGGCAUUGGUGUUGAUUGGGGCUAAUCCCAGGCUCACCUUCCUCAGGGACAAUGGCAGUUACCUGGGACUGAACUCUAAGAUGCCAAUUUCCUGCCGCUAUAACCCUUUGCAGAUUCAUCCUUACACCUAUGAGCUGCUCCAGGAGCCCAACCUUUUUGCAAUGGGUCCCCUGGUGGGUGAUAACUUUGUGCGGUUUGUGAAGGGUGGGGCUCUGGGUAUCACCAGCUGCCUGGUGAAACGCCACAAGCAACAAAAGGAGCAUGUCCUGGCAAAGUGAAGCAGGAAACUGGCAGCUUCUACUGAUCAUAAACCAGACAGAGGAGUCACCACUCGUUCUGUCUCACUCCUGAGCAGACUGAUGGCUGCUGAGUGCAUUAGGUGCAAGGUUUGCUGCUUUGUCAGCUUUCCUCCAUGGGUCUGACUCAAAGACCACUCCACUCUCACAUCUUCUAGGAAUCUGCUUUUGGGAACUUUGAACUUGCUUCCUGUUCCUUUGGAAUUUCUCCAUGCAUCAAUAGAGGAGGGUGGGAUCGAGACAAGGUAAUGAAGGAGAGAGCUGGGGCUGUAGGGUCAAGGGUGCCCUGUCAGUAAACAACUGUGGUUUGCUCCAUUACAGACACAUGAAAAUGUCCUGUCUUUUUGGUAAAACUGACAAAAACACUGGACAAAUAUUAGGCAGAAUCUAUAUUCUCACCCAUUGACACUCAAUCCUACUGCAGAACUUUCUGAACCAGACGUAGAUCCAAGCACUUGUUUGUCACUCAUUGUCAGGUCACUGAGCGAAGAUAGAUAAAAAGUUAAAGAAAUUCUUGAUCUGGUUCCUGGAGAAGGUUGGGUUGUUAAAGUUGCAGUAACUUAUGUAAAGUGAGAAACUGCAUGCUUCAGGAUGUGCUGGCUCAAACGUUGAGUGUUUUGUGCAGUAUCUCCCUCUCUUGAUGAUAUUCUGUCUAUUGCCAGGAGUUAACUGGAAUUGAUAGGGAGUCUGGACACAGAUGUGGUACCUGCUAUGAUGCCAUCAGCCAGCACUGUCAGAGUUAUUGGGCCCAGUCUGGUUGGAAUGGAGCACCUCACUACUGCCUCCUUUAAUUUAGACUUUUCUUUCAAAUCAGAUGAAAAAUGUUUUGCAAUUCUUUUUCAAUUCAAUCUGUUCAGAGAUAAUAUUACACAGCUCUGCAGCAGUGGGAGUUGUUGUGAACUGGAGCUGGUAAAGGUUCCGAGACCAACACGAUGUCUGGGACUUCAAUGAAUAAUGGAACCAACAGUUUAUCUCCUUAACAAAUGAGUGUGAAAGAAACUCAGAAUGUCAGAGAAGGAAACAGUGAAUUUAAGUGAAAUCAGACACAGAAAGAGAAAUGGAACGAAGGAGAGAUCAGCGUGAAAAAGGAAGGAGACUGAAGGGGAGAGAUUUGCAGGAAUGAGUGAACAGUUUAAUUGUUCCCUGUCUGGGACAGGGAGAGGUUUGUAUAAACAAUGAUCAUGCUGCUUGAAAGCUAAUUAAUGCUGUCUUCAGCCCUAACACAUUAAUGAAUUUAGUAUGCAAAUUCUGCAAGUUUUCUAAAACACUGGGGACGUGGACUGUGAGAAGCUGUUGGUGUAAACUGAGCAACGGUUUUGGGAGAAUUAAUUCUGCUUAAUGUGCUUCCUGGAUCCACACGAUCAGUAGAAUUAGGGAACAGCAUUCCCAAUUUGGAUAUUGCAAAUCCAGGCAUAAUAAUUAAACGCAGGAGAGAUUGUGAUCGUUGUGAAUGUGUCCGAUGUGGCUCAUUGCAGGAUAUUGUUGUGUCUAAUGGGAGGAGUCGGAGUGAGUGGGACAAGGGAGAGAGAAGAGGGCUCAGGGAGUGGGGAGGAUGUUGUGUGUCGACUGUCGGGGCUGAUCAAUGUGAUUCGGCUGUGUUUUAAACUGUGUGGCUGACUCUGUGUAUGAUCCUUUGCCAGUGCGCUUCUGUGAAACUGGUUUGAGGUUGAAUAUAAUGACUGUAAAACUGGAACUGUGUAGUGAAGCUGAUUAUUGAUCCAGCUGCUCUGGUUUCUUAUAUCCAAAGUCCUGAGCUGUUACUCUGGCUCAGCAGUUCUCCUGCUUGAACCUGCUUCAGAUACAUCCACUUUCUGCAGUCUCCUACCCAGCAUGACCUCUCCACAGGGAGUCCUCUCCCUGUCACUACAACUGACCAUAGAUUAAAACUUACCAGAAAAAAGCCAUCUCCAAACAAAACCUGAUCCAAGAAUUCCACAAUCCCGAUAUGAUCACAAUCCUGAUUCCAAGUUCAGUGAGGAAUGCAGCCUUGCACUGACACAUUAAGCACCUGGAACUGUUGGUAAUUAACUGGCAUGGAUUGAGAAUUGGUUCCCAGACUGGAAAUAGUGUGAAUAAAUGGGUCAUUUUCAGAGGGGAGGUGGUGACAAGUAGGGCAUUGUUUGGCCAUAGCAAUUCACAAAAUAGGUCAACUGUUUGACUGAGGGAAUCAAUUGUAAUAUUUCCAAGUUUACUGAUGACACAAAACUAAGAUGUGUGAAAGUGAGGAGGACGUAAAGAGACUUCAGUGUGAUUUAGAUAAGUUGAAUAAAUGAGUAAACAGGUUGCUGAUACAGUAUAAUGUGAUGAAUGUGUCAAGUUGUUCAUUUCUGUGGGAAAAACUGGCAAGCAAGGCAGUGUAUUAUUUAAAUACUGAUCGAUUGGGAAAUGUUGGUGUACAAGUGGGCCUGGGUGGCCUUGUGCACUAGUCGCUGUAAACAUGCAGGUGCGACAUGUUAGGUAGGAUAGUGGUAUGUUAGCCUUCAUUACAAGACAGAGGUAAAAACAAUGACUGCAGAUGCUGGA